UGCCCGGCUUACUUUUUAUAAAUUUUUAAACUGGCUGCAACAACCAAGAACCACAUAUGGUGUAUUCUGUCUCUAUAAUUGUCCCUGCUAAGUAUGAGGAAGGAAGUUAAUUAGGAGGAAUGUUUUAUCUGGCUUCUUGAAAUAAAGAUACAGAAAUUCUCGGGUAUUAGUUGUCAUUUUUGCUGUUAAUGUGACACAGAAUUUUAAGCUAUUAGUUUUUGCUUUUGUUCUAUCUUACUUUUGAGACCGGGUUCCUGCUUCCACUUCUGUCUUUUUAGGAUUGCAGGGAGCUUCUACAUCCAGUGGCUGGGGCCUUGAAUAGGAGCUUACCAAAGGCCUGUCUGGAGCCAUCCCUGUGUGACACACAGUGUUUGUGCGACUGUGACACUCCAGGAUGAUGGAUGCCCUGUGCUUGAACACGAGGGAGAAGGAAGACGACGAGGCUGAGAAAGUGGGGAUGCUGUCCUUUUCCCGUGUGGUGAACUGCUCACGGACCUGUUCUCGCUUCCUGGGACUGAGUCUGGGGACCGCAUCCCUGUGUGCUGCUGGUGCCAACAUCGCGCUCCUCUUUCCUAACUGGGAUGUGACCUACCUGAUGAGGGGCCUCAUUGGCAAGCAUGCCAUGCUGGGCUCUGGGCUCUGGGGAGGAGGCCUCAUGGUUCUCCUGGCAGCCACCCUCAUCUCCAUGACAGGCAGCUUCAGUAAGAGUGCACCCUGCCUGCAGCGCAUCUGUAAGAAGGGAGUUGCCUCAGGGCAAAGAAGGAAGUGGCUAAUGAACCCCAGAUGCCCACAGAAAUAUGAUAAACUUAUUUUCUCUGAUACACUGAUUAGUAUGAAUGAACGUCAAAUUUUCUGAAGGAUUUGCUAAAACACAAAUCACUCAGUCUCAACCUGGGUUUCUGACCCAGAAAAUCGGGAUGGACUGGAGAGAGUCUGCAUUUCAACACACGUUCCCAAGUGACGUGCUCUUGCUGCACUGGGAGAACCAAGAUGCUGGGCUCUGUCAGAUUAAGCCAGUUUGAGUCCUCUAACAUGAGAGUCAACUCCUUGUCUGCCCCCUUCCUGCCUUUUGUGUACUUGAUUUGAAAAGGAGAGAUCAAGAGUAAGAAUUUUGGAGCUUUAAAACCUUGUCACUAGAGGAGAGAAGUGGACGUGCAAUAAACAGUCUGCCAACUCAGAGCUGAGACACUGCAGUAGAAGGGCAGGAGUCUCAACCUGCUCAAAGGUCCAAAGACCCUGUGCAGUGAGGAGAUGAAGAUACAUGUGUCUGUCUGUCUGGCCUUUCUCAAAAACCUCAUCUUGACUCUACCCAGCAACAGAAACUUUAUCAGCCAUGCGUGGACAUAUGUUAAGGGUGGGGGAAUGCCUGGCCACCAGAGAAAUUAGACUUGGCCAUGUCACCCCACUCCUCCCCCCUGACCACAGCUCUGUGUGAGCUAGGUUUCUGCCUCCUCUGCAGGUGCUCAUUGCUCUUUUGUCAAGUGGCCUGGCUCUGCUUGGGGCUGUGAUUUGCUUUGUCACUUCUGGAGUAGCCUUGAAAGAUGGUCCCUUUU